AGUCUUGAGGCCGGGACAUGAACGUCUUUGGCGUGCGCGCUCCAGUUUCAAGGCGUCUCGGGUGUAAUGUCGGUCGCUGAGGACUCGUGGCUCCAUGGCAACGCCAGGAGAUCCGCGUGCCACUGCCGGCGAAGCGACACAUCCAACCUGCUGCAAGGUGAGAUGUUCUCUGGGAAACCAGGUAAGUUUAACAAUUAUGGCCUUUAUCAUACUUUUAUAUAUUCAGUUUAAAUUCUUCAUCUUUUUUUUUUUGGCAGGUCUUCACUCCGGAUUUGGUCCGUCAAAACGAGUCUCGGAGCUGGCGCGGCACAAAACCUCAAAAACCGUCUGGGCCACGACUCCUUGCGGGAAGCUGAGCUGGGGCACCCAGGAGCCCAUAUGGCCCCCCCCCUCUGCCGCGGCACUCGGAGCCGUUCCAAGUGCGAGGAUCCAACACCUGGCCAGGCACAAAAGAGACUUCUCAGUAAGGGAGGACCAACGGAGGAAGGAGGAGGCGAGCUUCUCCAGGAAGACCCGACGUCCUUCCUCCGAGGCGUCCCGGUACGAGCGCUUUGUCCGCCUGUCGGCACCCAGAACCCGAAGCGGCGGCUCCCGGGACGCCGGGCCUCCACACACACCUCCGUGUGACAACAACGGUCCCAUCUGGCACCUCGACGCCGGCACCAAACCCGCUGUGAUCACGCCGCGGCUGCUGCGGCUCGCCGACCCCAAGCGGAACCAUCCGGACUUCUGGAGCAACAGCGAGGUGAGACCCAGAAGCACUCGCAUGGACCUUUUUUUUGGGAGGUGGUGGGGGUCUUUUUCAAAGUGCCUGUGUCCCCCGCAGGGCGCCGCGUCCGUGGUUUCCUUGUCUUCCCAGACGGCCCGGCCCUCUCAGCGGCUGGUCCGGCUCUCUCUGCCCCGGCUGCGGGGGGGCGACGCCUGUCGCCGGCUCGGCCGCCCGGCGGAACCGAUCUGGACCGUUUCGAAGGCGGCGAUGGGAGCCACGGCGAGCGCUCGCCUCGAAAUGUUGGCGUUGCCAAAGCGGCUUUCCGAGGGCUACGUCCCUCCGCGAGAGCCCGGGUGGAGCAGGAACACCGUCACCGCCAAGUCAGCGAAAGAACCACAGCGUGGAUGAGCUUCGUGGACAUUUACCUUCUGUUGGUGCUCGAUUACGCCAAAGAUUCUCCUCUUCAUUGUUUUUAGCUUCUCGUCGAGAUGUAGUGUUUGUUUGCAGACAGAAAUAAUACGUUUUAGAUCAUUCUUCUGAUAACAAAAUUACAAUCACCAAUAAAGAACAGAACUACAUAAGCAAACACAAACUCUUGCCCAUGAUGAGGGUAAGAAAGUACAAAGAUUAAAAACGCAUUACAUAUGUUUAAAUUCCCAAAGAAAGAAAGCAACCCACGGCUGUGUGGGUCUGUUGAUAUUGUUUCCAUGUGUAUAGAACCUUGAGGUUUGGACGGCGACGCUAGAAUGUGACAGAUCGAUGGAUUUCAGCCCAGAACCUUUGAAUAAAUCUGCAGAGAAGAUGAAUAAUGUUGGCAAUAAAAGCACGUCGACGCGCCACAGGUUUGUUUUUCCCUUUUGCAGUUCAGCUGGAUAUCAAACGUGUGUCCACCCUCAGACUUUUACUCUGUAGGUAUUUUAGCCUUUAAAGAGUCGGUUUUCCUACGUUAGUUUUACCGCUUCCUCUCCAGCUCUUUGAACUUCUCUAUUGGAAGCAGAUGUUCGUCGGCCGCGACGCUUCACUCUUUAUUCCACAAAGAGUCACUUCAGGAGCGCCUGCAGAGGUCACAUCUCCUGCACUGUGGUUUACAGAAAGUGCCACUGCUUCAGUUCGCAAUCCCCUUCAGCCUGGAAUGAGUGAACCAGAGGAAAUGGUCAGUUUAUGGGGGUCAGGAGGGGGGGGGCGGCUUUAGAUCAGCGCAGGUCUGUGGCCUUGCAGGACUCGGCUAGACAUCAAAGGAGAUUGAAAGGAUAUGCCGCUGUGAGGAUAAUCUGGAUCAGCUCUCCUCCAUCAUGACCUGGGGACCGAGGUGGUGGUGGAGGAGGUGGAGGAGGAGGUGGAGGGUGGGGCAUGCAGACUGAAAAUGAGCUGAGCAUUAACCAAACAAAGGCUUAUUUGGCUAACCAGGUGGGGCUGAAGCAUAUUUAGUCAUUUUAUGGGUCAGCGAUGUUUACUAAAUGUUUCUCCCCAUCGAGCAUUGUGUGUCUGCCACACGAGCACCAGAUUCCAACAAUAAAGCGUUUUAAAUGAUUGUUCUA